AUGAGACGUGUGCGGUGGCAGGCACAAAAGGAUGACCCCUGCCCCCUGUGCUGCGUGGAUCAGCUCUGGGCCGAGGUGGGAUGCAUGGCCGUCCAUGCAGCAGCAGCGAGCACUCCUAGAUAUCUCCAACACAACAGGAUUCAAGACGUAAACCCGGACGCCUUCAGAGGGCUCUACAAUCUGACCAGGCUGUACAUCAGCCACAAUAGGAUCUCGGUGCUGAAGCCCGGAGUGUUUCGGGAUCUGCACAAGCUGGAGUGGCUGUAA